AUGGAGGCGAGAUUCAAGAGGAGGUCAAAACGUUUUGGGAGAGGUGUUGACCUCGUUCCCAUAUCAGGUUACGUGUCAGAUGGGCGUGGGUACAGCCCACCGGGGCCAGUAGCUCUACCUCUCACGCCCUCACCCGACGCCCACGGCCGCGCCCUCACGCCCACGGAGAGUCUAAGCGGGCUGGUGUCGCUAGCGCCGCUCUGCCCCCAGUUCGACACCCGACAGGAGAUACUAGAAGAGCCCAUCAACCUCACUACUCGGCCGCCGGCCCUCUACGACCGUCCGGCCGAGGAUCUAAGUACCGCCCACGCCAUACUCGACCUGUCGACCGCCCGUGUGGCCGAAUAUUCCCCGCCUCAUACACCGCCCUCACCUCACGAGUACCUACCUCACCCGUCGUCGCAACCCGCCCCUCACCCUUAUCACCAUCAUCACCUUGACGUCAGCCUCGAACGCCCGUCUCAACUUGACUCUCCCAAUAAGCCCUGCACUGUGGCUUACACCUAUGAGGCGUUUUUCGUCAGCGACGGGAGAUCGAAACGUCGCGGCAGCGACGGGACGGAAAAGCAGCGGUACACGUGUUCGGAAUGCGGGAAACACUACGCGACGUCGUCCAACUUGUCGCGACACAAGCAGACGCAUCGCGACCUGGACUCCGGCAACGCGCGACGUUGCCACGUGUGCGGCAAGGCGUACGUCAGUAUGCCGGCGCUGGCCAUGCACGUGCUGACGCAUAACUUGACGCACAGGUGCGGCGUCUGCGGCAAGGCCUUCUCCCGCCCCUGGCUGCUGCAAGGCCACAUGCGCUCCCACACCGGAGAGAAGCCCUUCGGAUGCGCCCACUGCGGCAAGUCCUUCGCUGACCGCUCCAACCUGCGCGCGCACAUGCAGACGCACUCACAGCUCAAGAACUUCAGGUGUAAACGCUGCAACAAGUCCUUCGCUCUCAAGUCGUACCUCAACAAGCACUACGAGUCGGCGUGCUAA